AUGUCUUUCCUAUCUAAUGCAGACAUUCGUCGCCAUACCAAGCCUUUGCUUCAGCUCUUUGACCAUCAAGGAAUGGCUUACGACCGCUUCCGUAUCCUUCGUACCGUUCGCAGCGAGUACCACCUCCGUUGGGAGCUCUACAAACAUGGAAUUCGUGACAAAGACGCAGUGGAAGAGGCGCUUCUGAAGCUGCUCUUCGAGUGCCGCAACCUCAAGGAUUGGGAGUCUGGCGGCGAUAAUUUGGUCGAAGUGUUCCGCUUGAUCAAGGCAAGAGUGCACUGGGCGUCGAACUGCUCCACUGAUCUCAUCAUGCAGCUGUUCUUCGCUAUCCUCAGAGCUCGCCUGGACUGCUCAGCCAGCUGCCGCAACAAUGCUUGCAAAGUUGCGCGACGCGUCGAUCAGGUCAUUCGUUACAUCAACGGAGUUGACCAUCUCUUUGCCGAAUACAGAAUCUACAGAGAUCUCGUGCUACCGAUUCACCAUACCAUUCGAGAUUUGCCCAAUGAGGCCAAGACAACCCUCUGCCCCACGCCUGAUGCCGUCUUCCUCCAGGGAAUCAGCGGCAGCAACGACUAG